CAUCUGGAUAUUUGGCUCUGAGCCUGGUCUACCCAGGCCUGUUUUGACCCCACCCCCUGGCCACGCCCCUUGCGGGUUUCCUCUGGAUGACUUUUCCUUCCUGCUCUGGCUGACUGGGGACUGUUCCUGCUGGUUGGUAUCCCAGGACCAGGAGAGGUCUGAAGAGACCUGAGAACAAGCAGCCCUGGACUCAGCUCUGAGUUCUGAAAGCCCAUUCCCUGCUCUGCAGCUCUUCCCACCCCACCUCUUCUCAGCCUUGCAGCUCAAGUGUUGAUCUAAGGAGUCCAGGACCCAGGAGAAGGAAGACUCUGAGGAACACAGAACAGUGAGCAUUGCCCACACCCCAUACUCCAUCACCACAUCUCCCUUCACCCUCACCCUCCUUGCCUGGCCCUAGGCCCCAUCCCAGCACCUCAGUAUCAGCUGACUUCUUCCAAUGUCCCGCAGGACCCUCUGGGCUCCUCCCUCCUCUGACUUUUCCUACCACUCCCCUUCUAUCGGCAUCUAUCUGCAGGUGCCCUGGGGUUUAUAAAACUGGGUUCUGAAUGCUGAAUAAGAGACAGUAAGAGCCAAGGCAAAGGAGAGCACUGUUCUUUGCCUGCCUGAUACCCUCACCACCCGUAAACAUCCCCCAGAUACCCCCUUAACUCUGGGACAGAGAUGGCUGGUGGAGCCUGGGGCCGCCUGGCCUGUUACUUGGAGCUCCUGGAGAAGGAGGAGCUGAAGAAGUUCCAGUUUCUGCUGACCAAUAAAGUGCACUCCAGGGGCUCUUCAGGUGAGACACCUGCUCAACCAGAGAAGACAAGUGGCAUGCAGGUGGCCUCACACCUGGUGGCUCAGUAUGGGGAGCAGCAGGCCUGGGACCUGGCCAUCCAUAUCUGGGAACAGAUGGGCCUGAGGUCACUGUGUGCCCAAGCUCAGGAAGAGGCAGGCCACUCUCUCUCAUUCCACUACAGCCUAAGUGAACCCAGCAUGGGGUCUCCCAACCAACCCACCUCCACCACAGUGCUGAGGUCCCAGAUCCCUGAAUUGCAUGGGUGCACCCAGCGCUCAGAGAGAAGCGUUUCGAGACGCCUACCUGACACGUCUGGACACCAAUGGAGAGAAAUCACUUCCUCACUCCUUUACCAAGCUCCUUUAAGCUCUCCAGACUAUGGGUCUCCAAGCUAUGAGUCACCCAGUGCCCCCAUAUCUACAGCAGAGCUGGGGAGCUGGAUAUCCCCACUUCAGCCCAGCCCAGUGCCCAGAGAGCAGGAGGCUCCUGGUACCCAGUGGCCUCUGGAUGAAACGUUGGGAAAUUACUACACAGGAAUCAGAGAAAGAGACCAGAGCCUGUGGAGGGAGAGUCCCUGUUCCACAUGGUCCUGGAAAAAUGAGGAUUUGAACCAAAAAUUUACACAGCUGCUACUUCUACAAAGGCCUCACCCCAGAAGCCAUGAGUGCCUGGUCGGGGGAAGAUUGCUUCAUAAUGUGGAGGAGAAUCAAGGACAUUUAAUUGAGAUCGGAGAUUUAUUUGGCCCAGGCCUGGAUACCCAGGAACCUCAUAUAGUCAUACUGCAGGGGGCUGCUGGAAUUGGGAAGUCAACACUGGCCAGGCGGGUGAGGGAGGCCUGGGGGAGAGGCCAGCUGUAUAGGGAUUGCUUCCAACAUGUCUUCUACUUCAGCUGCAGAGAGCUGGCCCAGUCCAAGGUGCUGAGUCUUGCUGAGCUCAUUGAAAAAGACUGGACAGCCACUCAGGCUCCCAUUAGACAGAUCCUGUCUAGGCCAGAGCGGCUGCUCUUCAUCCUCGAUGGUGUGGAUGAGCCAAAAUGGGUCUUGGAGGAGCAGAGUUCCGAGCUCUGUCUGCAUUGGAGCCAGCCGCAGCCAGCAGAUGCACUGCUGGGGAGUUUGCUGGGGAAAACCAUACUUCCCAAGGCAUCCUUCCUGAUUACUGCUCGGACCACAGCUCUGCAGCAUCUCAUUCCUUCUUUGGAGCAGGCACGUUGGGUAGAGGUCCUGGGGUUCUCUGAGUCCAGCAGGAAGGAAUAUUUCUACAAAUAUUUCACAGAUGAAAUGCAAGCAAGUAGAGCCUUUAGGUUGGUCAAAUCGAACAAAGAACUCUGGGCCCUGUGUCUUGUGCCCUGGGUGUCCUGGCUGGCCUGCACUUGCCUGAUGCAGCAGAUGAAGCAGAAGGAAGAACUCACACUGACCUCCAAGACCACCACGACCCUCUGUCUGCAUUACUUUUCCCAGGCUCUCCAAGCUCAGCCAUUGGGGUCCCAGCUCCAGGGCUUCUGCUCCCUGGCUGCUGAGGGCACCUGGCAAAGAAAGACCCUCUUCAGUCCAGAUGACCUCAAGAAGCAUGGGUUAGAUGGGGCCAUCAUCUCCUCCCUCUUGAAGAUGGAUAUUCUUCAAGAGCACCCCAUCCCUCUGAGCUACAGCUUCAUUCACCUCUGUUUCCAGGAGUUCUUUGCAGCAAUGUCCUGUGCCUUGGAGGAUAAGAAGGGGAGAGGUGAACAUUCUAAUCACAUCAUGGGUUUGGGAAAGUUGCUAGAAGCAUAUGGAACACAUGACCUGUUGAGGGCACCAACCACACGUUUCCUAUUGGGCCUGUUAAGUGAACAGGGGGCAAGAGAGAUGGAGAACAUCUUCGACUGCCGGCUGUCUCGGGAGAGAAAGAAGAGGCUUCUGCAGUGCGCCCAGUUCCUGCAGCCCCCACUGCAGUCACACUCUCUGGAGUUCCUCCACUGUUUAUAUGAGACUCAGGACAAAAGUUUCCUGACACAAAUGAUGGCCCAUUUCCAAGAAGUGUGCAUGUGUGUGGAAACAGACAUGGAGCUCCUGGUGUGCACUUUCUGCAUUAAAUUCUGCCACAACGUGAAGAAGCUUCAACUGAUUGAGGGCAGGCAGCAUGGACCAGCAAGGAGCCUUGACAGGGUAGUCCUGUUCAGGUGGGUCCCAGCCACAGAUGCCUAUUGGCAGAUUCUCUUCUCCGUUCUCAAGGUCACCAGAAGCCUGAAGGAGCUGGACCUAAGUGGAAACUUGCUUAGCCUCUCUGCAGUGCAGAGUCUUUGUGAGACCCUGAAAUACCCUCGCUGCCUCCUGGAGACCCUACGGUUGGCCGGCUGUGGCCUCACGGCUGAGGGCUGCAAGGACCUUGCCUCUGGGCUGAGAACAAACCAGACCCUGACCGAGGUGGAGCUGAGCUUCAAUGUGCUCACAGAUGCUGGAGCCAAACACCUUUGCCAGGGACUGAGAUGGCCAACCUGCAAGCUACAGCGACUGCAGCUGGUCAGCUGUGGCCUCACGUCUGGCUGCUGCCGAGCCCUGGCAUCUGUGCUUAGCGCCAGCCCCAGCCUGACGGACCUAGACCUGCAGCAGAAUGACCUGGAUGAUGUCGGCGUGCAGCUGCUCUGUAAGGGACUCAGGCGUCCUACCUGCAAACUCACACGCCUGGGGCUGGACCAGACAACUCUGAGCAAUGAGACCAGGCAGGAGCUGAGAGCCCUGGAGCAGGAGAAGUCCCAGCUGCUCUUGUUCUACACACGGAAACCAAGUGCGAUGAUCCCUAAUGAGGGCCUGGAUAUAGGAGACAUGAGUAACAGCACAUCCUCACUCAAGCGACAGAGACUCAGAUCAGAGACGGAGUCUUCCUAUGUUGCUCAGGCUGAUCUCAAACCCUUGGACUGGAGCAAUCCUCCCGCUAAGGCCUUUCACAGUGCUGGGAUGACGAGCAAGAGCCACGAGAGCGUCCCAAGGAUAGCACAGCAGGAACUCGCCUACUUGCCAUCUCCUGCCUCUCAGGAGGACCUGCAUACGAAACCUUUGGGGAAUGAUGAUGACUUCUGGGGCCCCACAGGGCCUGUGGCUACUGAGGUAGUUGACAAAGAAAGGAGCCUGUACCGAGUUCACUUCCCUGUGGCUGGCACCUACCGCUGGCCCAACAUGGGUCUCUGCUUUGUGGUGAGAGAAGCUGUUACCACUGAAAUUGAAUUCUGUGUGUGGGAUAAGCUCCUGGGUGAGAUCAACCAACAGCAAAGCUGGAUGGUGGCAGGGCCUCUGUUGGACAUCAAGGCUGAGCCUGAAGCCAUCAAAGCUGUGCACCUCCCUCACUUUGUGUCUCUCCAAGGGGGCCACAUGGAUACAUCCCUAUUCCAAGUGGCCCACUUUAAAGAAGAGGGGAUGCUCCUGGAGAAGCCAGCCAAGGUGGAGCUGCAUCACAUAGUUCUGGAAGACCCCAGCUUCUCCCCCAUCGGAGUCCUCCUAAGAGUGAUCCAUAAUGCCCUUCGCAUCUUUCCCAUCACCUCCAUGGUGCUGCUCUACCACCGCAUCCAUCCUGAGGAAGUCACCUUCCACCUGUACCUGAUCCCAAGUGACUGCUCCAUUCGGAAGGCCAUAGAUGAUGAAGAAAUGAAGUUCCAGUUUGUGCGACUACACAAGCCACCCCCGCUGACCCCACUUUAUAUGGGCUCUCGUUAUGCUGUGUCUGGUUCAGAGGAGCUGGAAAUAAUCCCCGAGGAACUGGAGCUCUGCUAUCGAAGCCCUGGAGAACCCCAGCUGUUCUCUGAGUUCUAUGUUGGCCACUUGGGAUCAGGGAUCAGGCUGCAAAUGAAAAACAAGACAGAUGAGACUUUGGUGUGGGAGGCCUUGGUGAAACCAGGAGAUCUCACACCGGCAACUACUCUGGUCCCUCCAGCCCCCAAAGCCUUACCUUCCCCUCUGGAUGCCCCGGGGUUGCUGCACUUCGUGGACCAGUAUCGAGAGCAGCUGGUAGCCCGAGUGACAUCAGUGGAACCUGUCUUGGACAACCUGCUUGGACAUGUGCUGAGCCAGGAGCAGUACGAGAGGGUGCUGGCUGAGGACACCAGGCCCAGCAAGAUGCGGAAGCUGUUCAGCUUCAGCCGGUCCUGGGACAGAAGCUGCAAAGAUCGACUCUACCAAGCCCUGAAGGACACCCAUCCUUACCUCAUUAUGGAACUAUGGGAGAAGGGCAGCAAAAAGGGACUCCUGCCACUCAGCAUCUGAGACCCCAAGGGUUAUCAGGAGGACUGAGCCAAGUUGUUUAAGGAAGAAACAGAAAGAACCACACACCCAAAUGAAGAUGCACUUGAUCAAGCUGCAUUUUAUCCAUAAUACCAGCAGGAGGCCUCUGCUAUCCCCAGUGCUCUAUAGACACAAACCCAGUCAAUCUGCACAGGGACACCAGGAGGAGAUGCUGUUAUCAGCCCACUUUACAGAUAAUGCACACGCAGGUCAAGUAAUCUGCUCAGAGUCCCACAUUUGGUAAGAGCCCUUGCUGGGAGUCAAAACCGGGCAGUCCAGAUCAUUUAGCUGCUCUCCUAGAUGACUCUCUAGUGCCCCACCUUUAUGUGAUGUGGGUGCCACUGUCCCUGCUUCAGCAGGAGAGUCACUGUGCCCCUCAGCAGCUCACAUGAGCCUGGAAGGUGCUGACAACACACUCAGCAGAGAGGGCAGGGCCAGGCAUCAGGCCACAGGCCCAAGGGCAGCAUCUAAAGGAGGGAGAGUCCCCAGGCAGCAAUGUCCCAAGGCCGGCACUGGGCAUGUGGCUGAGAAAGGACGAAGGAGCUGAUGGGCUUUCAUUGCAGAGCACUAGUGAUGCUUUGAGCCAUUUUUCUAUUCAUUGCCUGUCUUCUCUAUUGGGCUAUGCACUCUGAAAUUGCAGUAUCCACAUCUUCCCUGUUCACAGCUACAUCCAUAAGCCCUGGCACAAUGUAAGUGUAUUAGGCUGGGCACAGUGGCUCAGGCCUGUAAUCCCAGCACUUUGGGAGGCCAAAGCACCCACACAGUGCUGGACAACGAGGUUCAUCCUGAAAAGAAGAGUUUGAAUAGUGGGAGGCCAAACACCUGACCAAUGUAGGCUACUCUUGAUCCUGCCCCUUCCUCCUCCUUGUUCUCUACCUGCCCAGAGUCAAACCUGCCAGCAUCAUCCAAUGGUCUCUCAGAGUUACAGAAUCCACAGCAGCACAGGCAACCAAAGUUUCUAUAUCUUUCCCAGCUCCAGGGCCAGGGGCUGGGCCCGUGUAUGAGUUUGACUUAAGGGAGUUCCUGAGAUGCAGCCACCUUAUAGAAUUUCUCACAACCUCCAAAGGCCCCAGGCCCAAGCAUAUCCCCUUCCCGAUACUGGGUGUCUUAGUCCAUUCAGGCGCCUAUAAGAAAAUACCAUUAACUGGGUGGCUUAUGAUUUACAAAUGUUUAUUUGUUUAUUUCUUACAGUUCUUGAGAGUAUUCAGACCAAGAACAAGGUGCUGGCAGAUUCAAUGUCUAGUCAGGGUCCUCUUCCUCAUAGAUGUCAUCUUCUAGCUGUGCCUUUACAGGGCAAAGGAGCAAACAAGCUCCCUUGAGUCUUUUUAUAAAGGCACUGAUCCUAUUCAUCAGGAUGCGUGUUCAGUGGACAGUACCACCUUUACCGACUUUGGGGAAACUGGAGAAGGAGCCGGCAAAACUGAAGAUGGGUUUUUGGACUUGCCAGCCUAUAUAAUCAUGUCAGCCAAUUCUUAAACAUAAAUGUCUCAAUAUA